UAAGGCAAAUAACUUAUCGUUUGACAGUUAUUCUCCAACAUUUGAACUGUACACAAUAUGAAGCCGCAAACUCUGUGUUUAUCCGUCCUCAUAGUGGCUAUUCUUCUUGUCGCUGACAUCCCAAGAGUCCACGGAAAGAGUUUAAAUCAAGGGUUGUUAGGUUUUGCAGAAAAUGAAAUAUUAGACUUUGUAAAAAUUAUAAUUAAAUCCAUUAACGAAACUCUGCAAGAACGCCUCACACCUAAGAUGAUUGAACAGAUGAUUCACGAAGGCAAACUACCGGAGAAAGAUGGUAGCAAAAGUAAAGAAAGUAAUUCGCAGGAAACCGGCACCACCGACGAAAAUAAGGAGACAGAUAACUCAGCAGAGAAGAAUGGAAGCGGAAGUGGAGGUAAGACCGAUGAAGAUAAGGAUACAGAUAACUCGGCAGAGAAGAAUGGAAGCGGAAGUGGAGGUAAGACCGAUGAAGAUAAGGAUACAGCUAACUCGGCAGAAAAGAAUGGAAGCGGAAGUGGAGGUAAGACCGAUGAAGAUAAGGAUGCGGAUAACUCAGCAGAGAAGAAUACAAGUGAAGGUGGAGGUAACACCGAUGAGGAUAAGGAUACAGAAAACUCGGCAGAGAAGAAUGGAAGCGAAAGUGGAGGUAACACCGAUGAGGAUAAGGAUACAGAAAACUCGGCAGAGAAGAAUGGAAGCGAAAGUGGAGGUAAGACCGAUGAAGAUAAGGAUACGGAUAACUCAGCAGAGAAGAAUGGAAGCGAAAGUGGAGGUAACACCGAUGAGGAUAAGGAUACAGAAAACUCGGCAGAGAAGAAUGGAAGCGAAAGUGGAGGUAACACCGAUGAAGAUAAGGAUACGGAUAACUCAGCAGAGAAGAAUACAAGUGAAGGUGGUGAUAGUUCGCCGGACACAAAAGAAUCAUCAGAAAAUCGUUUGUCAACGGUAAUAAAUUUGGAGAAUUUUUUGAAAUCUCUUACAAAGAACUUAAAGGGAUGCAAGUUACAACAGACGAAAAGCGAAAACAAAUUGAAUACAAAGAUAGUAUGCCGUUGGUAACAUUUGGUACAGUUGGUACAUUUUUUAUUUCACACAAUAUUGUAAGUCUAUUGAAAGUGUAUGUAAGAGAAGCGUGAAUAAAAAUAAUUGAAGCGCCUAAAGUUA